UACAUUAUUUAUUGUCUUUUGUAAUUUCCACCGCUACUAUUGUCAAACACUCGUAUUAUCAACCGCUACUUUAACAGCUAAUUUCUACACUCUACUUAUUGACCGCUAGCCGCUACUCAACUGGUAAAAGCUAUCCGCUACCGAUAGUUUUGCAAACAAACCCAAAGUAAAAAAUAGGGGUAAAUCCUAAAAAGGAAAGAACUCAAGAGAUAAUCCUCAAACAUUAGCUUAACUCGUGAAUAGUUGCUAGUAAAUGUAAAAGUCAAAUGGUUAGAAUAUUGUUAACUAUGCCUGACUUCGGUGUGGUUUGUGUCUGCGGAAACGGCUGCAAACUUAUAACGGUCCGCUGCUGCAAACGCGAAAAAGUAAACCUAAGAACCCAAAAUGGAGAAAAACACUGAAAUGCCGGCUCCGGAAAACACCGCACCACCUCCAACUACCAUCACAACCACCCAACAAACCACCACAAAAUCCCAACCAAAACGGUUCAUUCGCAACCAAAUCCCAUCCUCAAUCCUCAACAACCCUUCCCUAAACGCCGCAAUAUCUCUCCUCCCACCCAAUUACAACUUCGAAGUCCACAAAUCCGUCCACCGAAUCCUUUCUCUCUCCUCCCCUUCUCCACGCGUCGCCCUCCAGCUCCCUGAAGGUCUUCUCAUGUACUCCCUCUCUCUGUCCGACAUCUUCCGUACCUUCGCCUCCGCUUCUGACGUCUUCGUCCUCGCCGACGUUACUUACGGCGCUUGCUGCGUGGACGACCUCUCCGCUGCUGCCCUUGGCGCGGAUCUUCUCAUUCAUUACGGCCAUAGCUGCCUUGUUCCGGUGGAUAAUACGGUAAUCCCUUGUUUGUAUGUAUUUGUUGAGAUUGGGAUUGACGUAUCGAAGCUUGUGAAAACAAUUGAAACCAAUGAUUUGGGGAGUAGGAGUUUGGCUGUUGCGGGAACAAUUCAAUUUUCCGGGGCGAUUCGGGGUGCGAAGAUUGAGCUUGAGAGAUUAGGGUUUAGGGUUUUGGUACCCCAGGCGAAACCAUUAUCGGCUGGGGAGGUUUUGGGGUGUACUGCACCUAGGGUUUCUAAGAAGGAUUUUGGGGGUAUUGUUGAUGAUGAGGGGGAGGAUUUGGUGAUUGUGUUUGUUGCCGAUGGGAGGUUUCAUUUAGAGGCGUUUAUGAUUGCGAAUCCCGAGGUUAAGGCGUUCAGAUAUGAUCCGUAUUUGGGGAGGUUGUUCUUGGAGGAGUAUGAUCAUAAGGGGAUGAAGAGUUCGAGGAUGAAGGCAGUUUUGAAAGCGAGAGAGGCUAAGAGUUGGGGAGUUGUGUUGGGGACGCUCGGAAGGCAAGGGAACCCAAAGAGUCUUGAAAGGUUGGAGAGAAAGAUGGAGGAGAAAGGGAUGUCAUGGACGGUUGUGUUAAUGUCGGAAAUAUCACCUACUAGGAUUGCUUUGUUUGAGGAUUCAAUUGAUGCUUGGAUUCAAAUUGCUUGUCCCCGACUAUCAAUUGAUUGGGGAGAGGCUUUCCAUAGGCCUUUGUUGAAUCCUUUUGAAGCUGAAAUUGCUCUUGGUUUGAUACGUGGUUGGUGGGAGAGAGAUAAUAGUGAUGUUGGUGUUGAUUGUGGGAGGAAUUCGGGGAGUUGUGGUUGUGAUAAUGAAGCUAACAAAGGUGGAGUUGAUUACCCUAUGGAUUACUAUGCUCAAGAUGGUGGAGAAUGGAAUUCAAGUUACACCAAGGGGAAAAAUCGCCCUUCUAGAAGAAAUCUUCGAUCAAAUGUGGCUGAUGGAAGGGUCUCCUAACUUGUUCCGAUUAUAUACCACAUGCAUUUGUCUCAUGGUUUUGCAGCCUCUACCAAUCGUCCUUGAAGAAGAAGGCUAAGGAAUUUUGCAGUCCAGGUGGAAUAGCCAACAUGACUUGUAAUACUCUUUUCUCUUGUCUUUCUUCAUUUAUUACUGCACCCUGGAUCACCUUGUUCUUAACUGAUUUAAUGUAAGAUCCUAGUUUACAAGGAGUGAGGUUGUAGUGAUUUCCGCUAACUUUUUUUCCCUUUAUAUACGAGUGAUUUAUAUGAUGUUCACAAGCAAA